AUGGACGGCCAAGGCCUGAGGCGUGAAGAGACACCAGGGACGAGAAGGACAGGAAAGAAAAGCGCGUGGUGGCAGACCCGCCUGUUAAGCGGCAUGUUGAACGACAUACGAAGGAGGGCGCCAUUCUAUUGGAGUGAUUGGGUGGACGCGUGGGACUAUCGCGUUGUGCCUGCGACAGUGUAUAUGUAUUUUGCGAAUAUCCUUCCAGCACUCGCUUUUUCACUCGACAUGUUUGAAAAAACAAAUAUGAGCUUUGGCGUUAAUGAGGUGUUGUUAGCGAGUGUUUUGGGCUCCGUGGUCUUCUCACUCGCAGCUGCGCAACCGCUAGUCAUUGUUGGAGUCACGGGACCUAUCACCGUGUUCAAUUAUACAGUCUACGACAUCAUCACCCCACGCGGCACGAACUACUUUGCUUUCAUGUGUUGGAUCGGCAUAUGGUCGUUGAUUUUCCAUUGGAUUCUUGCCAUCACAAACUCUUGCAAUGGACUACGAUACGUCACACGGUUUUCGUGUGAUAUCUUCGGCUUCUACGUCGCUUUCAUCUAUCUGCAGAAAGGCAUUCAAGUGCUGACACGACAGUGGGAAGUCAGCGAUGCGUCCGCGUACUUAUCGAUUGUCAUCUCACUGUUAGUUACUGUAGUGGCAUACAUUUGCGGCAUCAUCGGGCAGUCCACGCUUCUCCAGCGUCAUGUCAGAAAGUUUGUCGAGGAUUACGGCACGCCUCUCACGGUUAUCUUCUUCACUGGCUUCAUUCAUAUUGGCAAGAUGGCCGGUAUCGAACUUUCGAAGCUUCCAACGUCGCGAGCGUUUUUUCCUACGACUGACAGGGGAUGGUUUAUUCACUUCUGGGAUAUCAGUGUCGGCGACGUGUUUCUUGCUAUUCCAUUCGCGAUCUUGCUCACCAUCCUGUUUUGGUUCGAUCACAACGUGUCUAGUCUGAUCGCGCAAGGUACGGAGUUCCCGUUGAGGAAGCCGGCGGGCUUCCAUUGGGACAUCUUCCUCCUCGGCCUCACUACAGGCGUAGCAGGCCUUCUCGGCAUCCCGUUCCCUAACGGCCUGAUACCUCAAGCACCAUUCCACACCACAUCCCUCUGCGUUGUCCGCACAAUUUCCGACUCUGACGAUGAAGCGAACAAAGGUCACACAAGCCGUGUCGUAGACCACGUAGUCGAACAGCGCGUCUCGAAUCUAGCGCAAGGCCUUUUAACCCUCGGAACCAUGAGCGGCCCUUUGCUCAUCGUUCUCAACCUCAUCCCUCAAGCUGUCCUCGCAGGCCUCUUCUUCGUAAUGGGCAUUCAAGCCCUCGAAGCGAACGGCAUCACCCUCAAACUCCUUUUCUUACUCAAAGACAAACAUCUCACACCCCAGUCUGACCCGUUGAUGCGUCUGGAACGUCGCUGGGUGCUUUGGGCUUUCGUGGGCCUUGAACUAAUCGGCUUUGGGGCGACUUUUGCCAUUACGCAGACAAUUGCUGCGAUUGGGUUUCCUGUAUUUAUCUUCUUGUACAUUCCAUUGCGAACAUUUCUCAUGCCGAGAAUAUUCACACAGCAUGAAUUGGGGAUCCUUGAUGCGCCAACGGCGAGUCCAUUCACGAUGGAGAGUGUUGGGGGCAACCAUGGCCAAGACGUGGGGAGUGGUGAUGAUGUAUUGGAGGAUAGCGAUGAAGCUGAGAGGGGCGAAAGGCCGAUCGCUGAGGAGAGAUUGCGGGGUGUGGAAGGGACUAGGGCUAGCGUGAGGAAUUCCGAGGUUGUUGAGAUGGAUGAUAUUACAAAGGAGUAG